GCUACUUGUCUCACAAGUUCAUUACAAUUGAAUUCUAAGCAUGUUAUUAAAUGCUUUUGACUACAGCCAUUCUCCUGACACUCGACGAACCACUCCCUGGUAUGCACUGUAUGGAUGGUAUGUUGUUUUUAAUGCAGAUAUCAAGUCAGUUUUGCUUUCAUUGAGUUAAAGAUGUUGGUAGAAGUACUAGCUCUUUAUCAGUGUUCUAAGUAACCCCUCAUGAGUGUAUGUAACAAAUCAUAAAUCUAGAGGUGGUUACAGUUUUCAUCUGCUUUGCAUAUACUACAAAACAUUUACAGACACAUAACAUCAAGACACAGAAGACAUCCUGAAACCGAAGCAGACACAAGAGAAUGGGGAUUCAUUUGUGGAAGGUCUUGUGUGUUGUGUUUGCUGUAGUCCUUAAUUCUACAGACUCAUUUGCCCAGCAGGAUGUUUGUGGUCGGCCUCCACUGAACAACAAGAUUGUGGGUGGUGCAGAUGCCUCUCCUGGAUCCUGGCCUUGGCAGGUCAGCAUUCAAUCAGGUGGCAGCCAUUUCUGUGGUGGCAGCCUGAUCAAUGCGAACUGGGUCUUAUCAGCUGCUCACUGUUUCCAAAGCUCCUCAACAUCUGGUAUCACAAUCAAAUUAGGAAUGGAAAGUCUGGAGUUAACUAACUCUAAUCAGCAGCAAAGAAGUGCUAGUAGUAUUAUCAUCAACCAAAAUUAUGAUUCUACUACAAAAGACAAUGACAUUGCACUGGUCCAGCUCUCUUCUUCAGUGACAUUCAAUAAUUAUAUCCAGCCGGUGUGCCUCGCAGCAAGCAGCAGUUCUUUUCCUGCUGGUACUGAAGUCUGGGUCACAGGAUGGGGUACUAUUGCUUCUGAAGUGAGUCUGCCGUCCCCUCAAACCUUGCAGGAGGUGCAGGUGCCAAUUGUCAGUAACAGUGACUGUGCAACAAAAUAUAGUUCUAUCACAGACAAUAUGCUGUGUGCUGGCUUAGCUCAGGGAGGAAAAGACUCAUGCCAGGGUGAUUCUGGAGGCCCACUGGUGGUCAAAAGGAAUGGAGUUUGGGUUCAGGCUGGGAUUGUGAGCUUUGGCCAUGGCUGCGCUUUACCCAAUAUUCCCGGUGUGUACACCAGGGUGUCUCAGUACCAAGACUGGAUUAACAGCAACAUCGGCAGCAACAAUAUUGGAUUUGUUACAUCAAAUAGCACUUGUGGCUCCCCUAACCUCUUCUGUCUAAUCCUUUUUUUCUUUUUCAUCUUUUUCCUCUGCAACUUCUAUUCAUUCCAUUACCUAGGCGCCAGAACAGAUAAGAAUCUUGCAGAGUAUAACUCUGCUACACUGGUGCUACAACUGUUGGCUAGGACACAGGAGGUGAUGGAUAUUUACUUGUCAAAAGUUCUGUGCGUUGUAUUCACACUACUCAUUAAUGCUCCAGGCUCAUUUUCCCAGCUGGAUGUUUGUGGUCAGGCUCCACUGAACAACAAGAUUGUGGGUGGUGCAGAUGCCUCUCCUGGAUCCUGGCCUUGGCAGGUCAGCUUUCAAUCAGGCGGCAGCCAUUUCUGUGGUGGCAGCCUGAUCAAUGCGAACUGGGUCUUAUCAGCUGCUCACUGUUUCCAAAGCUCCUCAACAUCUGGAAUCACAAUCAAUUUAGGAAUGGAAAGUCUGGAUUUAGCUAACUCUAAUCAGCAGCAAAGAAGCGCUAGUAUAGUUAUCAUUAACCAAAAUUAUGAUGAUAACACCAAAGACAAUGACAUUGCACUGGUCCAGCUCUCUUCUUCAGUGACGUUCAAUAAUUAUAUCCAGCCGGUGUGCCUCGCAGCAAGCAGCAGUUCUUUUCCUGCUGGUACUGAAGUCUGGGUCACAGGAUGGGGUACUAUUGCUUCUGGAGUGAGUCUGCCGUCCCCUCAAACCCUGCAGGAGGUGCAGUUGCCAAUUGUCAGUAACAGUGACUGUGCAACAUCAUAUGGAAAUGGUUCUAUCACAGGCAAUAUGAUGUGUGCUGGCUUAGCUCAGGGAGGAAAAGACUCAUGCCAGGGUGAUUCUGGAGGCCCACUAGUGGUCCAGGAGAAUGGAGUUUGGGUUCAGGCUGGGAUUGUGAGCUUUGGCUAUGGCUGCGCUUUACCCAAUAUUCCCGGUGUGUACACCAGAGUGUCUCAGUACCAAGACUGGAUUAGCAGCUGGAUCGGCAACAGCAAUCUUGGAUUUGUUACAUCAAAUAGCACUUGUGGCUCCCCUAACCUCUUCUGUCUGAUCCUUUUUUUCUCCAUCUUUCUCCUUUGCAACCUCUACUGAUGUCAGUCAAAUUAAACAUAUAUGCACAUAUGACAGAAGUUAACGUAUAUUACUGUAUGUCAUCAGUGUCUUACAGAAUAACCACAUGAUUUUAUCUAUAACUUUUACUUCUGAAUCUGAAUUUUCUACAAAAUCUAAAAAGGAAUCUACAAAUCUACAUUUUAAAGAUAGCAUCUGUACUAUCUGUUUAAUAAGGACAAAGAACAAUCUGUCUAUAGUCUAUAGUGAGAAAGCCAAUCAGCUCAUCUUUAUCCUUGCUGAGGAUCCCCUGUCUCUUUCUCUAGUCUUCUGCUCUAAAAUAAAAAUUUAAAUCAUUAAAAAAACUUGUAGAAUGGAAUUAAAUUUUGUACAUAUA